AUGUCACGGGCACUAGCCUACUACCUAGUUAGUGGGAACAUAGAUGAGGCCCUGUCUGAAAUUACAUUAUCAGAUGUUCCAGACCUUACAGUGCAAAUGUGUAGGAGGUGUUUGGAAAAGGCAGAAGAUGAAGAGACCCUUAGUAAUAUUGAGGCAAGAGAUGAUAUUCAGUUUCUUCUGACUCAAGCAGGAUUUGCCAAUGAACUUCUUACAUUGAAAAGUAGAGGUAGAGCAGUGCAACAUAUCUUGCUUCAUCAAGUUUUCAAGGUCAGAAGGGAUGAAAUUGAAGACAUAAGGAAGGGACUAGAUUCAGUAUGUCUUACAGAAUUAUUGAUGGCAAAUGAACAUUGCAUGAAACUGGUAUUUCCAUUGACAUCUGAUAUCACCUACACAGCAAACCAAGUUAUAGAUGUUAUAGCCGCAGACCAACAUGGAAGCUUGCCUUUAAAGGAAAAAGUAGUCGAAUGGUUUGGAACCUACAUAAAAGAGUUGGAACAUGGUCAGUAUAGCUAA